UUUCAGAGAGGACUCAUAAAUAAGCUGGUUGUAGAGGACUCUGGAAACAGUGUUAAGGAGAGGGACACCAUAAGCCCUGUCCUCCUGUCCUUUCUUACCACACCAUGUGGAAGAACAGAUGGGCUCAGCUGUGCCUUUUUUCAGGUCUUCUUGCCUUCCUGCCUUCUGCUUCUUCACUCAAUGGAGACUCGAAGUAUAUGGUGCUGGUCCCUUCUCAACUCUACACUGAGACCCCUGAGAAAAUCUGCCUCCAUCUAUACCAUCUGAAUGAGACAGUGACUGUCACAGCUACCUUGAUAUCUCACUUGAGAAAAAGAAACCUGUUCGAUGAGCUUGUGGUUGACAAGGACUUGUUCCAAUGUGUUACCUUCAUUAUCCCUGGAUUCUCCUCUUCUGAUGAGGAGGAGUUUCUCUACGUCGACAUCAAAGGACCAACACACACAUUCAGCAAAAAGAAUGCAGUGCUUGUGAGGAACAAAGAAAGUGUUGUCUUUGUCCAGACAGAUAAACCCGUGUACAAGCCAGGACAGACAGUUAACUUUCGGGUUGUCUCUAUGGAUACAUAUCUACGCCCACUGAAUGAGUUGCUUCCUCUGGCUUACAUUGAGGAUCCGAAAAAGAACCGAAUUAUGCAGUGGCAGGAUAUUAAGACAGAGAAUGGGCUUAAACAAAUGUCCUUCAGCCUGGCAGCAGAGCCCAUUCAGGGCCCCUACAAGAUAGUGCUGCACAAACAAUCAAGGAUGAAGGAAGAACACUCCUUUACCUUUACCGUGGUGGAAUAUGUGCUUCCCAAAUUUGAUAUCGAACUGAAGGUCCCAAAUGCCAUCUAUGUGAAUGCUGAAAUACUCAGUGUGACUGCAUGUGGGAAAUAUACCUAUGGGAAGCCUGUCCCAGGACAUGUGAAGAUAAGCAUCUGCCAUGAGGCUGAGACUAGAUGCAAAGAAGUCAACUCCCAGCUAGACAACAAUGGCUGCAGCACACAAGAAGUGAACAUCACUGAGCUCCAAUCAAAGAAAAGACAUCACAGGGUUCAGCUUUUCCAUGUGAAUGCAACUGUUACAGAAGAAGGGACAGGAUUGGAGUUCAGUCGAUCUGGAACAACUAAAAUUGAAAGAAUUUCAAACAAGCUCAUAUUUCUGAAGGCAGAUUCACACUUCAGACAUGGGAUUCCAUUCUUUGUGAAAGUCCGCCUAGUAGAUAUCAAAGGAGACCCUAUCCCAAAUGAGCAAGUCUUCAUCAAAGCACAAGAACUUGGCUCCACCAAUGCUACUACCACUGAUCAGCAUGGCCUAGCAAAGUUCUCCAUAGAUACCACCGACAUCUCGGGAUAUUUCCUCCAUAUCAAAGUCAACCACAAAGAGGAAGAUUCAUGUUCCCAUUUCUUCUGCAUGGAGGAAAGACAUGCAAGUGCAAAGCAUGUGGCCCACGCUGUUUACUCCCGCAGCGGGAGCUACAUCUACCUUGAGACAGAGACUGGCAAUGUCUUGCCCUGCAACCAGAUUCACACAGUUCAGGCACAUUUUAUUCUGAAGGGGAAAGUCUUGGGAUUGCUGAAAGAGCUCGUUUUCUACUACCUGGUCAUGGCCCAGGGCACCAUCAUCCAGACUGGAAACCACACUCACCAGGUGGAGCCAGGAGAAGCUCCAGUAAAAGGCAACUUUGCCUUGGAGAUCCCUGUUGAGUUCAGCAUGGUCCCCAUGGCUAAAAUGCUCAUCUACACCAUCUUGCCUGAUGGAGAAGUGAUUGCAGAUUCCGCAAACUUUGAAGUUGAAAAGUGUCUUCGAAACAAAGUGGACCUGAGCUUCAGCUCAUCUCAAAGUCUUCCUGCCUCACAAACCCGUCUGCAGGUCACAGCUUCUCCUCAGUCCCUCUGUGGCCUGAGAGCUGUGGACCAGAGCGUGCUGCUGCUGAAGCCCGAGGCUGAGCUCUCCCCUUCCUGGAUAUACAAUCUGCCAGGUAUGCAGCACAACAAAUUCAUUCCACGUUCCCACCUGUCUGAAGACCGAGAAAAUUGUAUACCUUAUGGAUCAUGGGUCGCUGAGAACCCAUACUUUGUACCACGUGGAAGAGAGAAGGAUGUCUACAGAUAUGUGGAGGACAUGGGUUUAACACCAUUCACCAACUUGAAGAUCAAACAUCCUUCAUUUUGUUUUAACUCCUACAGGAUUGCAAUGUCAGCGCCUGCUGUGGAGUAUGAUCUUGCAUAUCGACGUGAAAAUUCUAGGAGUUUGCACAAGGUACCAAAAAAAAGACCUCUACCUAAAAAGCCACCACAUAAAGAUCUACCACCUAAAGAUCCACUUACCGAGACCAUUCGAAAAUAUUUUCCUGAAACCUGGAUCUGGGAUAUUGUCACAGUAAACUCCUCAGGAGUGGCUGAAGUGGAAAUGACAGUCCCUGACACCAUCACUGAAUGGAAGGCUGGAGCCCUCUGCCUGUCCAAUGACACUGGCCUUGGCCUCUCUUCUGUGGUGCCUUUCCAAGCCUUCCAGCCCUUCUUUGUGGAGCUCAUAAUGCCCUACUCUGUGGUCCGUGGAGAAGCCUUCACGCUCAAAGCCACUGUGAUGAACUACCUCCCUACAAGCAUGCGGAUGAGUGUGCAGCUGGAAGCCUCUCCUGAUUUCACAGCUGUCCCAGUGGGAGACGACCAAGAUUCUUACUGCCUCAGUGCCAAUGGGAGGCACACCUCAUCCUGGUUGGUAACUCCCAAGUCUUUAGGGAAUGUGAAUGUCUCUGUGACUGCGGAAGCACAACAGUCCCCAGAGCCCUGUGGUUCUGAGGUGGCCACAGUUCCUGAAACUGGGAGAAGGGACACAGUAGUCAAAGUCCUGAGAGUUGAGCCUGAAGGAAUCAAGAAAGAGCAUACCUUCAGCUCACUGUUCUGUGCAUCAGAUGCUGAGCUAUCAGAAAAAAUGUCCCUGGUCCUCCCAUCAACAGUAGUGAAAGAUUCAGCAAGAGCCCAUUUCUCUGUGAUGGGUGAUAUCUUGAGUUCAGCCAUAAAAAACACACAAAACCUUCUCCAUAUGCCCUAUGGCUGUGGGGAGCAGAACAUGGUCCUUUUUGCUCCCAACAUCUAUGUACUGAAAUAUCUGAAUGAAACCCAACAGCUGACUCAGAAGAUCAAGACUAAGGCCCUUGGCUUCCUCAGAGCUGGUUAUCAGAGAGAGCUGAACUACAAACACAAGGAUGGCUCCUACAGUGCCUUCGGGGAUCAAAAUGGCAAGAGUGAAGGAAACACUUGGCUCACAGCCUUUGUGCUCAAGUCUUUUGCCCAAGCUCAAGCCUUCAUCUUCAUCGAUGAAUCACACAUCACCCAACCUGUCACCUGGCUCUCCAAGCAGCAGAAGGACAAUGGCUGCUUCAGGAGCUCUGGAUCAUUAUUCAACAAUGCCAUGAAGGGGGGAGUAGAUGAUGAAAUAACCCUCUCUGCCUACAUAACCAUAGCCCUUCUGGAAAGUUCACUCCCAGCCACGCAUCCUGUUGUCUCCAAAGCCCUGAGCUGCAUGGAGUCUUCCUGGAAGACCAUACAGCAAGGAGGAAAUGCCAGCUUGGUGUACUCCAAGGCACUGAUGGCCUAUGCUUUUGCUCUGGCGGGGAACAAGGAUAAGAGAGAUGAAAUCCUGAAGUCACUUGAUGAGGAAGCUAUAAAAGAAGACAACUCCAUCCAUUGGGAAAGGCCUCGGAAACCCGGGAAAUCCGAACACCAUUUGUACAAACCCCAGGCUUCCUCUGCUGAGGUAGAGAUGAAUGCCUAUGUGGUCCUGGCUCGCCUCACUGCCCAGCCAGCCCCAUCCCCUGAGGAUCUGAAUUUGUCAAUGAGUACCAUCCUGUGGCUCACAAAGCAGCAGAAUUCAAAUGGUGGCUUCUCCUCCACACAGGACACUGUGGUGGCCCUUGAUGCUCUGUCCAAAUAUGGAGCAAUGACUUUUUCCAGAAGCCAUAAAACUGCUUUGGUGACCAUCCAAUCUUCAGGGUCAUUUUCUCAAAAGUUCCAAGUGGAGAACAGUAAUCGCCUGUUACUGCAGCAGGUCCCAUUACCAGACAUUCCUGGGGACUAUACCAUCAGUGUGUCAGGGCAAGGAUGUGUGUAUGCUCAGACCACGCUGAGAUACAACAUGUACUUGGAGAAGCCGCAGUCUGCAUUUGAUCUACGGGUACAGACAGUACUUCUAACUUGUAAUAACCCCAAAGGCCACAACAGCUUCCAGAUCUCACUAGAAAUCAGUUACACAGGCAGUCGUCCAGCCUCCAACAUGGUAAUAACUGAUGUGAAGAUGGUAUCUGGUUUCAUCCCAUUGAAACCAACAGUGAAAAAGCUUGAAAGAUUAGAGCAUGUGAGCAGAACAGAAGUGAACAACGACAAUGUCUUAUUAUAUUUGGAUCAGGUGACCAAUCAGACACUGGCCUUCUCCUUCAUCAUUCAACAAGACAUCCCAGUAAGGAACCUGCAGCCUGCCAUCGUGAAAGUCUAUGACUACUAUGAGACAGAUGAAGUGGCUUUUGCUGAAUACAGCAGCCCCUGCAGCUCAGACAAACAAAAUGUUUGAAACUCCUAUCUGUGGAGAAGGCAUUGCUGGAAUCCCCAGACCCAGGAACCUUCAAGAUGGUCAUUUUUGUUUGUCUCUGAAAUACAAAUACUGAACAAGCUUGGUUAAUAAAUGCCUAGUU